AUGGCCUGCUGCUUGGAGUCUGCUCUGCUGCUGCUGCUGCUGCUCCUCCUCGGCUCUGCGCGCUCCACCAGCGGGAAUCGCUGCGUAGACGCGGCCGAGGCGUGCACAGCAGACGCGAAGUGCCAGCAGCUGCGCUCCGAGUAUGUGGCUCGAUGCCUGGGUCGGCCGGCGCCUGGGGUUUGGAACGGACCCGGGGACUGCAUGCGCUCCCGCUGCCGCCGUGCCCUGCGCCGCUUCUUCGGCCGCGGGCCUCCGGCACUCACGCACGCGCUGCUCUUCUGCGGGUGCGAGGGCCCCGCGUGCGCCGAGCGCCGGCGCCAGACCUUCGCGCCCGCCUGCGCCUUCGCGGGCCCCGGGCCGGCGCCGCCCUCCUGCCUGAAGCCCCUGGACCGCUGCGAGAGCAGCCGCCUGUGCAGGCCCCGUCUCCUUGCUUUCCAGGCCUCGUGUGCUCCCGCGCCUGGCUCCCGCGACGGUUGCCCGGAGAAGGCGGGCACGCGUUGUCUGCGCGCCUAUGCAGACCUCGUAGGCACCGUCAUCACCCCCAACUACCUGGACAACGUGAGCGCGCGGGUCGCGCCCUGGUGCGGCUGUGGCAUCAGCGGAAAUCGGCGCGAAGAAUGCGAAGCCUUCCGCAAGCUCUUUACCAGGAACUCCUGCUUGGAUGGUGCCAUACGAGCCUUUGACAGCUUGCAGCCGGCAAUUCUGCAGGGCCAACUGAAGCCUUAUCAGAAUGCUGGGCACCAUUUCCCACAGGUAGGUAUGGAGUGGCCUGGGAAGAGAUGGAGGCAGAAGCAACCCCUAUUUUCUCCUCACCCCCAAGGUGUCCUCGCUGUCUGUACUCACUGCCCUGGCUCUCCAGACCCUGCUCUGACUAGGAAGGGCGGACUGUGGACAACACAGCUGACUGGGAUGUCUCUGGCUUACUGCUCACUGACAUAUAACUUCCCUGCCUUUAGAUCUGCUGUCCUUUGCAGGUCUGGACACCUGUGUGCCUGUCCCCUGGAUGGAGGGCUGGAGGCUAAGGUGGGACUGAGAAGCCUCUGGCCCCCCUGUCAGUAG